AUGAGUGAAAGAAUAUUAGUACUUCUGCUGCUUGUUUUGAAUUAUUUGUUGGUUGCAGAAGGAGAAACAGCUGAUGAGGAUUUGGCCACACUUAUGUCUCUUGCGAGUACCUGGAAGAACACCCCCCCUGAUUGGGUGGGUUCGGAUCCUUGUGAAGAGUGGGAAGGAAUCAAGUGCAAGAAUGCACAUGUUACAUCAAUAACACUAGCAAGUACUGGUUUGGCUGGUCAGCUAUCUGGAGAUAUUGGAUCACUAUCUGAAUUGGAGACUUUGGAUCUAUCUUACAACAAGGAGUUGACUGGACCACUUCCACAAUCCAUGGGGGAGUUGACGAAGCUGUCAACCUUAAUUCUUGUUGGUUGUAACUUCAAUGGUCCUAUUCCAGACACUAUAGGAAAUCUUCAAGAGCUCCUCUACUUGUCUUUAAAUUCCAAUAGCUUUAGUGGACCAAUUCCGCCUUCUAUUGGUAAUCUAUCAAAGCUUUAUUGGUUAGAUUUAGCAGAAAAUGAACUUCGAGGGAGCAUCCCGGUAUCCAGUGGCGACAUAUCUGGUCUUGAUAAGUUACACCAUGCAAAACAUUUUCAUCUUGGGAAGAAUAAACUCUCAGGCACUAUCCAUCCUCAACUUUUUAGCUCGGAAAUGGCUUUGAUUCAUUUGCUUUUGGAGAGUAAUGAACUCGAAGGCCACAUUCCAUCUACACUUGCACUAGUCAAGAGUCUGGAGGUUGUGCGUUUAGAUAAUAAUUCAUUUAAUGGAUCUGUGCCCUCAAACAUCAAGAAUCUUACGAAUGUUCGAGAUCUGGUCCCUGCCAGACCUUACUGGAAUGAAUGCCCUCAACUUCCUGUAAAUUUCAAAGCAUUUAGCUGUGAUAGUUAUGUUGCAACUGUCGUUAGUCGUUACUAUCUUACACAGUUAGCUCUUGUUUUUCAUGGCAGAAAGAUGCAACGAACACAACUUCAAGGACAGGUUCCUACUUCUUUAUUUGAACUUGCAAAUUUACAGACUGUGGUGCUAAAAGACAACAAAAUAAAUGGAACCUUGGAUGUCGGCUCCUCCUACAGCAACCGGCUGCGACUUGUUGAUUUGGAGACUAAUUCAAUUGAAAUCUUUAAGCAAAAUGAUGCAGUUCCAAAUGUCAAGAUAAUGUCAGCUUCCUUUUCGGACUUGGAUAACAUAACAUACUACUCAACCCUUGAGGAGUAUCUCAUGCGGUCUUUUAAGUCUCAUUUUGAACCUGUGGAUUCGGUUUUGUUGAGCCAUCCACGUAAGGAUUCAACUCAGUAUCUCAAACUGAAUUUACAAGUCUUCCCAUCAGGACAAGAUCAUUUCAAUAGAACAGGGACUUUAAGCAUUGGUUUUAUGCUAAGCAACCAGACUUUCAAGCCUCCUACAGAUUUUGGACCAUUUUAUUUUCUUGCAGAUAGAUAUGAACACUUUGGGAACUAUGAAGGAUUGACUGAAUCGGGUAAAACUGUAAACAUUGGAAUCAUAAUUGGGGCAGCAGUUGGUGGUUUGGUCUUGCUAGUGUUAUUAGUCUUAGCUGGUCUUUAUGCUUUCCGCCAGAAGAAAAGGGCCGAAAAAGCGAUUGGGCAAAGCAAUCCUUUUAGACGCUGGGAUACGGUUGAUGACAAGAGUGCAUCCCCUCAGUUGAAAGAAGCAAAGAUGUUCUCUUUUGAAGACCUUAAAAAAUACACCAAAAAUUUUUCUCCAGCCAAUGACAUUGGAUCUGGAGGUUUUGGGAAGGUUUACAAGGGAACCCUUCCCAAUGGACAAGUGAUAGCAAUAAAAAGAGCUCAAAAAGACUCUAUGCAGGGAAAGCUUGAGUUUAAAGCGGAGAUUGAACUUCUAUCAAGGGUUCACCAUAAGAAUCUUGUCAGCCUUUUGGGCUUCUGCUUUGACCAAGGAGAGCAAAUGCUGGUUUAUGAGUAUGUUCUAAAUGGAAGUUUAAAGGAGGCUCUCUCAGGGAAGUCAGGAAUAAGAUUAGACUGGAUUAGAAGGUUAAAAGUUGCCCUUGGUACUGCCCGGGGUUUGGCUUAUCUCCACGAACUUGUUAAUCCUCCCAUCAUACAUAGGGACAUCAAAUCAAACAAUAUUUUGCUGGAUGACCGCCUAAAUGCCAAAGUUGCUGAUUUUGGUCUCUCCAAGUCUAUGGUUGAUUCUGAAAAAGAUCAUGUUACCACUCAGGUUAAGGGAACAAUGGGUUACUUGGAUCCAGAGUAUUAUAUGUCUCAACAACUGACAGAGAAGAGUGACGUCUAUAGCUUUGGAGUACUGAUGUUGGAGCUGAUAUCUGCAAGAAGGCCAUUGGAACGAGGGAAGUAUAUUGUGAAAGAGUUUAGAAAUGCACUGGAUAGGACAAAAGGCUUAUACGGUCUUCAUGAAUAUAUUGACCCAGCCAUUGGAUCAUCAUCCACAACACUGGUCGGUUUUGACAAGUUUGUGAAUUUGACCUUGAAAUGUGUUGAAGAGUCGGGUGAAGGAAGGCCUAAAAUGAGUGAAGUGGUAAGCGAGAUCGAGAACAUAUUGAAGUCAGCUGGUGCCAACCCUACUGAGGAAUCACCCUCCAUCUCUUCUAGCUAUGAAGAGGUAAGCCGAGGGAGUUCCAGCCAUCCUUAUAACAGCAACGACACCUUUGAUUUGAGUGCAGGGUUUCCAUAUCCAAAAGUAGACGCUAGCUAA